AUGAUGACCGACAUAUUGCUCAGGGCUCUACCGACAGACAUCGUUGUUGGAUACCACCGGGAUCAAGCCAGCGGUGCAUCAUCUUCCAACGAGACACCUGGUAGCAGCCGUGACAUUUGCGCAGACGAUGACUUGCAAGUUGGCGCAGGCUCCGCAGGAUGCGCUCUAGCCAAGCGCCUGACGGCUGAUGGAAUGUCCAGCGUGCUGCUUCUUGAGGCCGGGGGACUGGAGGGCGCCGCCGUGCAGGUUCCUUUUCUCUCGGCGAUCUUACAGCGGAGUAGCAUAGACUGGGACUACACAAGCGAACCGCAGCACAACGCUAGUUUAUCAGCGGAAAACCAGAUUAACAGAUUUCCGCGUGGCAAAGUCUUCGGUGGCUCAAGUUCAAUCAACCACCUUAUAUAUGCUAGAGGAAACAGGAAAGACUAUGACAAAUGGGCAUCUCACUAUGGUGCCGAAGGCUGGUCUUACGACGACGUGUUGCCGGAUUUUCUCAGUAUUGAAACAUCCUACCUAGGAAUCGACAAUGGAUACCAUGGAGACAGUGGUGAAGUACCAGUGAGUUUUCCCAGUUCACGCACAAAGGUUAGCGACUUAUUUUUGGAGGCUGGCCGAGAACUUGGUUACGGCAACGGCGACUACAAUGGUCCCAAUCAGACAAGCUUUUCGCGCGUACAAAAUAACGUGAAGAAGGGAGAACGCUGGAGCUCAAGUAAGGCAUUUAUCCCCGAUGAUGUUCGCAGAAGGAAGAACAUUGACGUCGCGCUUUAUGCACAUGUGACAAAGGUUAUUUUUGAAGGCACAACUGCUGUGGGCGUGGAGUACAAACGACACCUGGGAACGCAUAAGGUUCGAGCCAGGAAAGAAGUGAUUCUUUGCGCUGGAGCCAUUGGUUCUGCACAGCUGCUCAUGCUGUCUGGCGUAGGACCUCGGGAACACCUCGAAUCAUUGGGGAUAAGCGUCAUUGCGGACCUCCCAGUGGGCGAAAAUCUGUACGAUCACGUCACCGUGAACGGAAUCGCUGCAACAUCAGCAGAGAACAUCCAAUUAGAUUACUACUCGCCGUCUGCUCUGUUUAAGUAUGCUCGAUUUGGAUCAGGCCCACUUAGCCAUGCUUAUGGCGUCGAAUGUGUCGCCUUCUUAAGCACCCCAGGCGCCGACCCCACGCUUCCGAAUAUCCAGUUCCUGCUUGUGAAUCUCAAUCCCACUACUAUUGAAGCAGGAUACAUUGCCGGUCAAAUAGGAGUCUCGGAGAUCUAUGAAAAAUACUACAAGAAAAAUCAAGGACAGAAUGCAUUUAUGGUUGUACCAAUACUUUUGCAUCCAAAAUCCUCCGGGUUCAUUCAGCUGAAGAGCACCAAUCCUGCAGAAUAUCCUAUCAUUGAUCCUAAAUUCCUGACAAAUGCUGCUGACCUUGACACGCUAGUCGAAGGCUCCAAAAUUGCGGUGCAGGCACUGACUACUCAGGCCAUGAGGAAUGGCAACGUGACCAUUUGGGACAUUGCUCUACCGGCGUGCGAGUCGGCAGGACCCAUGUGGAGUGACCCGUACUUGCGUUGCUUCGUGCAGCACACCUCACUCAGUGGUUGGCACCCUUGUUGCACAGCCCCAAUGGGGAAGCAUCCUCAGGCUGUGCUGGAUGCCAGGCUCAGAGUUCGUGGAGGUGUGAAAAACCUACGUGUGGUGGAUGCUUCAUCGAUGCCUUACCUCCCCGCGGGAAACCUCAAUGCUCCGCUUAUGAUGAUGGGACACCGAGCCGCCGCCAUGAUCAUUGAAGACAAUGCAAUGCCGCUCCUUGGUUCGAGUCGCCGCGAUGAGAGCUUCAAGGACGUCUGUAGCAAUGGUCUUCUGUGUUCGAACGACGGGAACACAAGUGCUGCUCAGACGAAUUCGUACUACUCCUCAUCCAGAGCUUACGAAGUCAACAACGAGACAACCGAGUUGGAGACUGUCCUGGUAGAGCACGCCAAGAAUUUCUCGGGGAUGGCCAUGAUCCAGGCCUGGAGAGCUCCUGACCAGGAGCUCUUGAACCGUUGA